CACACUCUCUCUCUCUUUCUAUCUCUCUCUCUCUCUCUCUGUCUCUCUCUCUCUUCUCUUGCUGCAUCUCUCCUCCCUUUGUAGCCAUCUCAAAUCCACAAUCCAUCCAUGAAAAAACACCUCCUUGCAUGCUCAUAAUAAUACUACAAGCAUUCUCUCUCUCUCUCUCUCUCCCUCUCUAUCUCCUCCUCACUACAACAUUCUCUCUCUACCAACCCCUCCCCUCCCUCUCUUUCUUCUUUCUCUCUCUACCCAGGGAGCAUACUCUUGCAUGCCUCUUCUCACCACACUCCUCUCCUCGCGCAUGCUAAUCCAAGCAGGGGACUUUUGGGUCCCGUGGUUCUCCUCUUCGCCUUGUGGUUCCCGGGUCGUGUUCUUCGAUCUCUCCUCUCUUUGAGCUCUGAAUCGGGCCAUUUGCUUCUCCCUGUCGUUGUUGGUGGUGGGAGCUGCGAUCAUGGGGCCUGUGAGAGGCUCCAAGAAGAGGAAGAGGGCGGAGAAGAAGCCCGAGAGGAGAAGCGCCUUCGCCUCCGCCGCCGCCGAUGCCCCGCCGAUGUCGUCGGGCCCGGAGAGUGGUGAUUGGUGGGACUCCUUCUCGAAGAGGAUCACAGGACCCUUAUUUUCAUCAAAGGACAAGCAACACUUUGAGUGUCUCUUCAGAUUCUCAAGAAAGACAUUUGACUACAUAUGCUCACUAGUAAAGGAGGACUUAAUCGCAAAAACAUCACACUUUACCUUCGGCGAUGGCAAGCCCCUCUCAAUAAGCGACCAAGUAGCCGUUGCCCUAACAAGGCUAAGCUCAGGUUCAUCGCUGGUCAAUGUCGGCUCAUCAUUCGGUUUGAACCACUCGACCGUCUCACAACUAACCUGGCGGUUCAUCGAAUCCAUGGAGCAGCGCGGUCUCCACCACCUCAAGUGGCCCAAUGUUCAAGAAAUGGAAAACAUAAAAUCCGAAUUCGAAAAAAUCCGCGGCCUCCCAAACUGCUGCGGAGCCAUUGACACCACGCACAUUGUAAUGUGCUUGCCUUCGGCAGAACCCAAUAGCAAAGUGUGGCUCGAUUACGAAAAGAACCACAGUAUGAUUUUGCAAGCCGUUGUGGACCCCUCCAUGAGGUUCAGAGAUGUAGUGACCGGCUGGCCUGGCAGCAUGAAUAAGCCGGUGGUUUUAAAAAGCUCGGGCUUUUAUAAACUAUGUGAAAAAGGUAUGAGGCUUAACGGAAAAGGCAUGGAAAUCUCAGGAGCUGAAGUAAGAGAGUACAUUGCUGGAGAUGAAGGGUACCCACUUCUUCCUUGGCUUCUGACUCCCUACAGAGGGAGAGAGCUUACGUCAGAAGCCAAACACGGUUUCAAUGAGCGGCUUAAGGCGACAGGAAUGGUGGCUCGAAAAGCCUUGGCAAGAUUCAAAGAAAUGUGGAAGUUCCUUCAGGGGGAGAUGUGGCGGCCCGAUAAGCACCGAUUGCCGAGAAUAAUUCUUGUUUGCUGUUUGCUGCAUAAUAUAAUAAUAGACAUCGAGGAUAAAGCGAAGGACGAAGUGCCAUUAUCGCAACACCAUGAUGUGAGUUAUAACCAACAGUUUUGCGAUUCGGCGGAUAAGAAUGGAGUUACACUGAGAGAUGCGGUAUCUCGGUACUUGAACGAAAAUUUGCCGACUUAGAUAUGGAUACUCCGCUUCUUUGCACUCAUUUUCAUUUUUCUCAAUAUAGAUUUUAGAUUUGGUGAAAGUAAAUUGUAGUGGAAGUAUAAACAAGGUUUUUGCUUCAUGGAGAGGGAAAUGCACUGUCAUAUCUUAUUACUCUAAAUCGUAAGAUCGGUAUAAUUCUUAUUCGGUUUUCCAAA